UAGUAGCGCGCCGGUGGAGGAGGAGAUGAGCUCGACCAAUACAGCGGGGCUCAUCGACAAUGUCAUCGUUGGCCGGGGCUGGGGCGCGGCCAAUACGACGACCGCUCUCUGGCCUCCCAUGGAAGAAGAAGAACAGACAAGUCAUUUUGCUCUUCAGUGGUAUUUUGUCAAAGUUUUUAAUAACGAUGAUAUUUGAGAGUAUGCCACUAAUAAGGAUGGCAAAAGGUUAAUUGUGCCCUGCCGUUUAAAUCCCGCUCUGAUCAUAGGCCGCAAGAACAAGGAACGCGCCACGCUGCUUUAUCCCGCUCCGGCCAUGCCUCGCAAGAGCAAUAAACGCGUCAAGGUCGUCGACGAGGAAGCCCCGCCGCUUGAUCAUACUCGGAAGGCGCCAAGGGCGUCGGCGAGGAGACCCCGCCGCUUGAUCUCGCUUCGGCCGUGUGUCGCAAGAAGAAGAAAUACGCCAAUGGCUUUGACGAGGAGGCACUGCCGAUACCGUCCGUCAACUGCAACACCGACGACGUGACGGACCCGUUCGAGCUCCUCGACAUAUGCGUGGCCGCGCUCCACGACAAGAGCGCCUCCCCCGCCACGCUCGAGGCAGCCAUGGCGUCGCUGGUCGGCGCGCCCGAGGGGGUCUUGACCCUCGACGAAGCCGACGACGGCAGGUGCCUCGACAUCUUCGCCCUCUGCGGCGUCUCCAUCAAGAAGGCCGGCUCCUCCUCCGCCCCCACGGCCAGCAGGGAGGCCUGCCUCGCGUACCACGCCGUCGGCCUCUUCGCGCUCACGCUCCGCAAGGGCGGCGCGACGGAGAUUCUGGACCAGUCGUUCCUGAUACUCUCCAGGACGCUCCGGCUAGCGGCGUCCACGGACGCGUUGGUGGUGGUCGCCGCGCUCGACUGCAUCGCCGUAGUCACCUUCGCCGGCGCACUGGUCACGGAGCAAGCGGAGCCGGAGCGGUCGCUCAAGGCCAUCUGGGACGUAAUCUUCCCCAGCCGGAGCUCAGGAUCUCCCAAGACGAAGAGCACCCAGUUGGUGGCCGCGGCCGUGUCCGCGUGCACGUUCCUCAUCACCACCGUCACCGUCACGGAUGCGCAGCGGAAGGCGGACCGCGCCGCCUGGAACGCGACCAUCGCGUCCCUCGCGGGUCUCCUCGAGGCCAAUGACCGCACUAUCAGGAUGACCGUCGGCGAGGCGCUCGCCGUGUGCGUGGAGCUCAACCUGACGCAGCACACCUCGCGCAAGGACAUGGAGGCGCUGCGGCAAUCUCGUCAGAUCAACAACAAGAGGAGGGACAAAGAGAUGAGGAUAGACCGCGACAUGGCAUGGGAGGCGAAGAACGCUUCAGAGCAGCGGCUUGGUUGUUACAGGAGCUUGGUUGACACCAAGAUGAAGUGUUUAAUUACUAAGCUGUUGCUCGCUUAUCGCAAUUGUGACUGAGAUUACCAGCAUGGACGCAUGGUAUGUGUAUUCAUAUCAGACAACAUCUGUGUUUGAAUCCGAGAGAGAAACAAAGGACAUGGUAGAAUAUAAAAUAAGUGGUGUGAUUGAAAUCCGACCGGAUUCCACCCCUACCCAAGGAUAGCACUAUUUGAUCGAUCAAGGGCUAUGGUUUUU